AUGUCCGUCGUAGCCUGCGAAGAGGGGUGUUCGGCGCACUCUGAGGAGGUGCACAGAUCCAUCGAGAUGAUGCAGGCGUAUCGGUCGACGGCAUGGGGAAGUGGUGACAGGGGCUAUAACGGCAGCGCAGGAUGGAAUCAGGGUGGGACUCAGGGGUACAGCGCCUGGACGUUGGUGCCCGCGCUGGGUCCGGGCCAAGCACCACAUCACCAGCAGCAAUGUAAUAUCCCUUGGUCCGCUGCUAGUGUUCCAGCUGCAAUGUCUACUGCUGGAUUACCGGCAACGCCGGCCAUGCAGGACGAAGAUCUAUUAUCGGUGUUCAUCAACUUCAUAUCCCAAUUCACCGCCUCCCUCGAUGGCAAACCCGACGCGUCGAACCCCUACCUAAAGCACUACCUACCGCACUGCCUUAGCUCUCGCUUGCUCACACACGUAGCCAUCUAUUCGGCUGCCUGUUUCCUGACUGAUACCGGCCACAUCGAACGCACGGCGGCCAUGGCCCAUAAAGGGAGAGUGAUCGCGCUGCUGAACGAGCAUAUCCGGGCGCAAGGGCAGGCGGCGGCUAGUGACGAGGUCAUCGCGGGUGUGUUGCAGAUUGUACUGGAUGAGUGGCUCUGGGGAAGCGCCAAAGACCUGAAAGCACAUCUGCGAGGGCUCCGGGAUAUGAUAUGGUCUCGUGGGGGGUUUCGGUCACUCGGGCUGCAUGGUUUACUGACCAAGCUGGCUAUCACCGUCGAUGCCGCCAUAGCGCUCUCCCUCGAAACACCUCCCUUCCUUCGCGGCGGUCCGGAAUUCGAAUUUCGCGAUACCACCGCCACAUCGUCGGCCCCGCUCCGUCUUGCUCUCAAUACCCCGUUAAUCCCCAACCCCGUCCGCUUCGCUUCUUGCGCCGACGCCCUCCACAUCCAACCUUCGGCGGCCUCAAUCCUCGAUGAUAUGCGGUUUCUCUUGGCCGCUGUACUUGCCCUGCCGGACGCACCGACAACCAAGGAGUUGCAGAAGAUACAUACCACAUCGGCAUGGUUAUAUGAGCGCGUCUCAGGAUUGCCAGAGGACGCACCUGGGGCGAAAGGGAAAUCAGUGGGUAGCUCAGGAGGCUGGGAUGGGAAGACAUCUGAGAAUAUGCACCCACCACCAUCACAACAGCAACAACAACGACAACACCAACAACACCCCCCUUCACCGCCACCCACCACCUCCAACCUCCCCUCACCCCACUCUGACCCCAUCUACCAAACCAUCCGCCUCGCCGCACUCCUCUACACCCACACCAUCCAACACCGUCUCCCCUUCAGCAAGACAGUCACCACAACCCACUUCCUCCGCCUCUGGACUACCGCCUGGCGCGUGCCCCUUUCGACCUGGCGCACCCUGCUCGGCGUGUUCACCUGGGUGCUGCUGCCGCUGGUCUCGGGGGGCGGCGCGGGCGCGCAGCCGCAGGAUCGGUUUGUGAAGGGGGUGAUGAAUAUUUGUUUGUUUCAGAUGGGCUUGGAGAGUUGGGCUGUGGGCGGGGAGGUGGUGGAGGCUGGGGGGAGGUUGCAGAGAUGGUUGGCCGGGGGUGGUGGGAAGGAUGGUGAUGUGAGGGAGCGAGGGGAGUAA